GAAACACCGAGGCCGAGCUCCUGCACACCUACAGCAAGGUGGAUCCCCUGGACACGCUGAUCCUGUGUGUGCGGCUGGCCGUCCUGGUGGCCGUCACCCUGACCGUGCCCGUGGUCCUGUUUCCUAUUCGCCGAGCCCUCAUGCAGCUGCUGUUUCCAGGAAAGUCCUUCCACUGGGCACGCCACGUCGCCAUCGCCGUGUGUCUGCUGUUCGCCGUCAACCUGCUGGUCAUCUUCGUUCCCAACAUUCGAGACAUUUUUGGAAUUACAGGAGCAACCACCGCUCCUACCCUGAUCUUCAUCCUCCCUGGGCUCUUCUACAUCCGAAUUGUUCCCAAAAACCAGGAACCCAUGAGCUCCAGACCAAAGAUCCAGGCUGCCUGUUUCUCCGCUUUGGGCUUCAUCUUCAUGAUCAUGAGCCUGACCUUCAUCGGCAUCGACUGGACGAGUGGAGAGAAGCGAAGCCUCGGCGGCCAUUAAUGACCAACUUUCCCACCCCUGAAACAUCUGCAGCUCCCUGCGGCGACCCCCGCUCCUCCAGCGUCCCGGUGCUCCGACCGGGACGCUCGUUUCCAUCUGCUGCUGGAAGGCUCGGGCUGGUGGGACUGUUCCGGUUAAUUUUAAGGACAAUCCGUUUCUCCUUUUGAGACAAGGCGUCCUCUUUUGUCCCGCCACCCAAUCAGGUUUCAGUUCACCACCAGGAUCCACGGCAGACGGCGUUCUUCCGUUCUCCACCAAGAGCCGAGGAACGCAUCGACCCUGUAGGAGUCUGAACCACGGGAUGAUAAUGUGGGAUAAAAAAUCUGCUUCUCUGAAAACCAAAGGUCUUUGGAAGAAAAUUAGUUCGGUUACAAAAACGCUUCAAACGGAACGCGACCGUGUCCGACGCUUUAAUGUGAGUAUAUUUCUUCUACAGCGGAGCGGCAGAGUUGAAGCGUGAAACCGUUCUCGAAGGGUUUGACGCCGAGAUUCUGAAGCGCAGAAAACCAAAGAAAGUUUCUAGAGCCUAAAUGUGUUCAUGCAACUGUGAACGUGUUAAUUUGGUGUAAUUUGUACGUAAAGUUACCGUGAACUGCACGUGUUUAAUAAAAAUAUAUUACAACCUUU